UUUCUGGGAAUUUGCGUUUUCAUCCAACUCUCGGUAGUUUUGAGAAUUUUGACAGAGAGAGAGAGAGAGGAGAUAUCCCUAAAAGUCCAAAACCUAACCUCGAAAUUUCCAAUCAAUCCAAAACCACAAUUUUAUUUCAAUUCACCUCCUUCACCAUCAAAACCCACCGUAAUUCAAACCCGAAAUCCCCCCCCCCCAAUCUUAAAUCUAGGGUUUCUUUGUUCUUCUUCAAUGGAGUAAAAGCUAGUGUUUUGGCCUUGUCUUGCAAUUUCAGCACCUGGAUUAUUUGCUUUGGUCUUGUUGAAUUCGAUAAUUGACACUUGCGGCAAAGAAUUGGAAAAAAGUGAUGAGUAACCCUAUUGUGAUAUGUCAAUCUGGUGGGAAGUUUACCACUGCUAGUGAUGGUUCCUUGUCAUAUGUUGGUGGAGAUGCUCAUGCUAUUAGUGUAAGUCGUGAGACUAAAUUUGAUGAUUUGAGGUCGGAGAUGGCUGAUAUGUGGAAGUAUGGAGCUGAUUCAAUGACCAUCAAGUACUUUCUUCCCAAUAACAUGCGGACUCUGAUCACGAUUUCAAGUGACAAAGACCUUCAACGAUUCCUUGAUUUUCAUGGAAACUCGGUGACUGUGGAUGUUUUUGUCAUUAAGAAUGAGAACUCAACAGCUUUAGCCUCAUUUAAGCCUAGUACAACUGGAGCCCUGAUUACAACUCCACGUAAAAGGGCCAGCAAGAAGAGAUUGGUCCAACAAGAGACCCCUCUCAAUGUUACACCUGUUGCCGCUGCUCCCGCUCCCGCUCCUGCUCCUGCUUUUCUUGCUUCUGCUCCUGCUUCUGAGAAUGCUGGGCGAUUCAACACCUUGGCUGCAGCUGCUGGUGAAAUUGAGAGUGUUGGACAGCUGAAACGUGUUAAGUUAUGGGAGAAUUGCAUAACUGGUCUUCACCAGCAGUUUAAUAAUGUCCGUGAAGUCCGUGAUGCUUUACGCAAGUAUUCAAUUGCUCAGGGAUUCACAGUCAAGUUUAAGAAAAAUGAUAGUAUGCGUGUAAGUGUUAAGUGUAGUGUUGAUGGCUGCCCUUGGAGGAUUUUUGCAUCAAGGUUGUCUACCACACACUUAUUCCGAAUUAAGAGGCUGAAUGAAAUCCAUACAUGUGGAGCUGGUACCGGUACAGAUAGUCAUCCUCGAGCCUCAAAGAAAGUAGUGGAAGGUAUUGUCAAAGAAAAGUUGCAUGAUAGUCCUAAUGUCAAACCCAAGGAAAUUGCUAAUCAAAUUCAGCAGGAAUUUGGAAUUGAAUUGAGAUAUUCACAGGUUCGACGUUGGAUGGAGGCUGCCACAGAGGAGAUUCAGGGUUCAUACAGAGAGGCCUACAAUCAAUUGCCAUGGUUGUGUGAGAAGAUUGUAGAGACAAAUCCGGGUACUGCUAUCUCUCUUAACACCAGGGAGGACCUGAGUUUUCAUCGUCUAUUUGUUGCCUUUCAUGCUUCACUACAUGGUUUUCAGAGUGGUUGUCGCCCCUUGCUUUUCCUUGAUACUAUGAGCCUGCAAUCAAAAUAUCAGUCAGAAUUGCUGACUGCAGCAGCAGUGGAUGGAAAUUAUGGUAUUUUCCCUGUUGCUUUUGCUAUUGUGGAUGUGGUGAAUGGUGAUAACUGGCAUUGGUUUUUGGUACAAUUGAAAUCUGCACUUCCGACACUUCAGCCAAUAACAUUUGUGGCGGAUAGACAGAUGGCACUAGGACAGUCAAUUUCUGUGGUUUUUGAGAAUUCUUACCAUGCUUAUUGCCUUAGGUAUCUGGCAGAAGAGUUGAAGAGGGAUCUUAAGGGUCCAUGCAUUCAUGAAAUUAUUGGUGUCAUCGUUGGACAUCUUUAUGAUGCUGCAUAUGCUCCUACACUUGAUGCAUUUAGAAAGUGCAUCGAAAGCAUCAAGAGUAUUUCACCUGAAGCUUAUGAUUGGAUUUUGCAAAGUGAGCCCGUGCACUGGGCAAACUCAUUUUUUGAAGGUGCAAGGUACAACCAUAUAACAUCAGCCAUUGCUGAGUCAUUUUAUAGUUGGUUAAAGGAGCUCACGGCAUUACCAGUAACGAAGAUUAUUGAUACCAUUCGCCAUAAAUUGAUGGAGCUAAUUUACACUCGAAAGGUGGAUUCAGAACAGUGGCUUACAAGAUUAACUCCAUCUGUGGAGGAUAAAUUGCAGAAAGAGAUUCUCAAGGCACAGUCGCUUCAAGUUAUGUUUUCACCCAGUAACACUUUCGAGGUGCAAGAUUUUUUGGGUGCAGUUAAUGUUGUUAACAUAGAUGCCUGGGACUGCAGUUGCAGGGAAUGGCAACUUAAUGGUUUCACGUGUUCGCAUGCUGUGGCGGUGCUUCAACACAUUGGUAGGGAUGUAUAUGAUUACUGCUUCAAAUUUUAUACAACUGAAGCUUAUCGCUUAACAUAUUCUGAAUCAAUAAAGCCUGUUCCAACAGUGGAUAAGCCUGCUCCUCAAGAUUUGUCAGAGGUUCAGGUACUUCCUUCCCCUCUUCGUCGAAUCUCUGGCUCUCCCAAAAAGAGAAGAAUUCGGUCAAGAGGAGUGGUUAAAAGGCCACUGCAUUGCAGCAGGUGCAAAGGAGAAGGCCACAAUAAAGUAUCAUGCAAUGUGGCCUAUUAGAUGCAUCACGUUAUCUAGAGCUGUACCUUAAAUUCAUUAAGCACAUGUCAGAUAGAUCGAUAUCAGGCUGCCUGUUUAGUUUUAGGGAUAGGUUAGAUGGGAAAGGAGGUUGUACUCUGAUGCAAGUGUGACUUUUAAGGGUUUGUAUCGGAUUAUGCAAUGCUUUAAUUUUAGUGUGGCAUUUGUUCUGCUCACUUGAUUUCGAUGGUAAA